ACUCUCCCCCAAUGUCUGCUCGCGAGACUAAUCAUAUAGGUACGUAUUGGUAGCUUAAUUAGUAUGAUAAAAUUAAUAAUGGUUGAUGUAGUAUGAAAGCACAGCUCAACUAUAGAACCAACUAUACAACCAAGCAUUGACUCUGUGCAUGUCUGCUCCUAGAAGCUUUUAAAAAUGACUUACUUAGGAAAUUAUGUUAUUAUGCCUCGGUGCGCAUGCGCAAGCGAGGUAUACGGUAGUGUGUUUGUGUGUGUGUGUAGACUGCUACAGCUGCGCAAGGAUGAAUCAAGUGCAAGUAAGAGUUUCUAUAGGCUUCUAGUCAUGUUUACUUGGAUUUUAAUUCGUGGAUUUGCAAAAUAAUGCUUCGUUCUCGAGUUAUGCCUAGUUUUGCUUACUUGGAACGCCAUUGCAGCCUUUUCAGAAGAGCACGUAGCCAAACUUGUUUACCGAGUGUUGCUACUCUACUUAGUAGUUAGCCCUGCACUAGAACGCUAGCUAUUGGUAGCUGCAAGAGUGAGAAGAGUGCUGCAAGGCUCUGCUAAUGCCAUUAAUUUUAGACUUGAACUUUUGGCAUCGAUCGUUUUUAACUCCUUGAGUUUGCAUGCAGCAAAAUUAAUUGUUCAUCAUGUCAUGUGUAUAAAAGCAGCUUUUUGUUAUGUAGUUUUGGCAUCUCCACCGAGGCAUCAGCACCCGCGGUGCUUUCAUUAUUAAAAGUGGUGAUUGUCUUAGUCUAAUAUUUCUCUGUCUUGAACAGUUUGUCUUUUCCGGUAACCAAUAAUUAUGCAUGCCCUGUUAUUAUAAUGGCUGUCUAGCGAGUCUAUAAUCCUAUAAUCUUGUCCGAUUUAAAGAUGACCUUUAUACUUAAAAUAGACAUUCUGGAGUUGCUUUAUUUCACAGCCUACUGCGUGACCUUAAUUAUAAUACCAUUAUGAAUUAACUAUACAGUCAGUUGGUUCCGCCCUCCUAUGUAUUAUGGUCAUGGGACGAUGGGACGUGAAUACAAUUCGUAUUUUUUGCUGAAUCAUGCCUAAGAAGUUCAGCACAUCUAGUUCAGAGUGUUCCUGAUUUUAAGAUUAUGGCGACUCCGCCUCACUAUUCUAACUGUAGAUCUAUCAAGGUUUUGAUGUUCGAAAAUAUAAAGUCAGACGACUUGCGACAACACUUUUCUCGAUUUGGUGAUGUAUUUCGCAUUUCACAACCGUAUUUCAAUCCUCAUCAAACAACUCUCAGUCAUGGUACCUAUGUCACCUUCAAAACAAGUGAAGCAGCUUCUGCUGCAUACAGGGAUAGAAAUCAGAAAGUUGAAGGAUUUCGUAUUCAGGUGUAUAGGCACUCAGGGCCAAUAGACAGCACUCAAAUCCCUGUGCAAACCUCUCUCAUCACCCCAGAACCUAACACAGUUAAAGUUAGCAUGAUCAAUGGACAACUAAACAAGGAAGAGUUACGCCUUUUGUUUUGUCAAUACGGUGAUAUUAUAUAUCUGUAUGUUGCUACUGAUGGUGACCCACCUCACGCAUACAUCAACUUCAAUGAUCCAGACGCUGCCAAGAGAGCUAGUAUAAACUUUCACAAAGAAUCGUGUCAAGUUCAUAAUGGAGUGUCACUCCUGACACGGCUGAUGCCACCUAAAGACAGCCAAGCCACUAGGAUAAAUAGGCCAAUAACCACUCAAAUCCCUGUGCAAACCUCUCCAGACCCUAAAACCGUUAAAGUUAGUAUGAUCAAUGGACAGCUAAACAAGGAAGAGUUACGCCUUUUGUUUUGUCCAUAUGGUGAAAUUACAUCUCUGCAUAUUGUUACUGGUGGUGACCCACCUCACGCAUACGUCGAUUUCAAUGACCCAGACGCUGCCAAGAGAGCUAGCAUAAAAGUUCAUAAGCAAUCGUGUAGUAACGGAAUGUCACUCCUAACACGACUGAUGCCACCUAAGGACAGCCAAGCCACUAGGAUGACUAGGCCAAUAACCAGCACUCAAAUCCCUGUCAGUGUGCAAACCUCCCCAGAACCUAAAACCGUUAAGGUUAGCAUGUUGAAUGGGCAGCUAAACAAGGAAAAGUUAUGCCUUUUGUUUUGUCCAUAUGGUGAAAUUACAUCUCUGCAUGUUGUUACUAAUGGUGACCCACCUCACGCAUACAUCAACUUCAGUGAUCCAGAAGCUGCCAAGAGAGCUAGCAUAAACUUUCAUAAAAAAUCAUGUAAAAGAGUGUCACUGCUGACACGGCUGAUGCCACCUAAGGACAGCCAAGCCACUACGGCGACUAGGCCAAUAACCAGCACUCAAAUCCCUGUCAGUGUGCAAACCAAUGCCAAAUGCAUUCAAUAUCCCCCUACAUGGGCUUUGACCCCUAACGUUUUUAAAUCAGAAGUAUAUCGAUCAAGUGAAGAAUGGAAUGACAUUGAUUGUUUAUUUCAUGCCACAAUGCCACAGGCAACUCUUAUCUCCAUCGACAGGAUUGAAAAUAAGAAUAUCUACGACGAAUAUGCUCAUAGAAUGCAAAAAAUGCAAGAGAAGGGCAAACCUUUAAAUGAAAAAAAGUUGUUCCAUGGUAGUCUUAAAACACCACCAGUGAAGAUCUAUGAAUCGGAUGAAGGGUUUGACUUUCGGUUCUCUGAUGGUGGACUGUGGGGAAAGGGAGCGUAUUUUGCUGUAAAAGCUAGUUUUUCAAAUCAUUUCAGUUACAAAGACCAGAAUGGUCACAAACAAAUUUUUCUCGCUUCUGUUCUAACUGGUGAAACCUGCUUGAUGGACAAAGAGGACAAAUCACUUACGAUGCCACCACUUAAACCAGGCUCACACAAACGCUACGAUUCUGUCAGUGCUCAUCAUAGCGGUGGUAGUGACAUAUUCGUUGUAUACAAGCUAGACAUGGCUUACCCAACACACCUAAUCACCUAUACACUAGUGUAGUAUAUAUUAAUAUGAACACUUACUAAAAUAGAUCGAUCUUACUGUCUAAGUAAAAAGCUGUCGUACAAUAAAUUCAAGCCAUUUAUUCUCUCCUAUACCUACAAUUAAUCAUAUACAUGGGCAUUAUUAUUUUUGGUAAUCGUAUAGACUACAUGUACAGUAUAGACUUGGGGCUAAUAAAAAUUAAUGGCUAUAACUACAUUGCAAACGACUCGUGCUAUUAUAGCACGAGUUAUUUGUGAUGCAGUUAGCCAACUUGUCAAUUCCUGCUACAUGUAAAUCGUGGAACUGUGCUACUAUUAUCACUGUCUCACUCUGUUCAGGGAAGUUAUUAUGUUGAGACAUGCUCAUCAUACAAAACAGAAAGGUUGCAAUCCAGAACUGAACUGUUUAGGGUAAUUGCUUUUCAGAGGUACUCGCUAAGUGAGUUC